AUGGCGACCGGCCUCGACACCGAGCGGCUGCGACUCGCGUUUGAGACGCGACCAGACCUCGUGACCGGCAUCCAGAAGGCAGCAGACUCGCCGGCGCGUGUGGCCCUCUUCAACAGCAUUGCCAGCUUUGUGUGCGACCGGCUGCAGGGCGACGACGAGCCGGCCGUCAAGCGCAGGCGGGUGCAGGCCAACGCGGCCGCAGCCAGCAACACACACACAAACGGAGGCCUGCCUGGACGCCCGGCAACAGGGGCAGAUGGCGGAGGAGUAUCGGCAGCCGGGCUGGCGACAGCGGCGGCGGCCGAGACACCCAUCCUAGAGAUCAAGGACAUCUCGCUGUCGAUGCCGCAGCGCAAGAAGCUCGACCUCUGCUUCACGCAGCACUACCUGUAUGCCCGGGCAGCAGGCACGACGGCCCCGGUGCAGGGCAUCGUCUAUGCCUGGACGGACAUUGAACACGUCUUUUGCGUGCCGGUGCCCGACAAGGCGCAGGUGCAGCACAGCUAUGUGCUCCUGCCGCGCGGCCAGGCGCUGGCAUCGCUCUCCAAGACGACGACGACGCCGAAUGGCACGGCCGGCCUGCCGGAGCCGCUCGUCUUCACCGUGCCGGCCGCGGCGCCCAAGCCGGGGUCUGUGGGCGGCACGGCAGCGGGCGAGGCGGCGACAGUGGCGGACGCGUACAACACGCUGCUGCACUGGGCGCUGGAGGGCCGGCUUCCCAGCAGCAGCCAGAUCGUCAGGACCGACGCCAAGGUGUUUCACAGCAUGGCGCGCCAGGCAUACCGGCCGAGCGAGAAGGCAGUGCACGUGCGGGCCUUCCGCGGCAGCAAGGACGGCUUCCUCUUCUUCCUGCCGACAGGCAUCCUCUGGGGCUUCAAGAAGCCGCUGCUCUUCCUUCCGCUGGACCGUGUCGAGGCGGUCAGCUACACCAACGUGCUGCAGCGCACCUUUAAUGUCGUCGUCGAGGUCGAUGUUGGCGGCGGCCGCACCGAGGAGGUCGAGUUCGGCAUGCUGGACCAGGAGGACUACGGCAGCAUCGACGAGGCGUACGUGCGGCGACACGGCCUGCAGGACCGCAGCAUGGCCGAACGGCGCAAGGCCAAGCGCGAGCUGGCCGAGAACGCAAAAGACGGCGACGGCGAUGGCGACGAAGGCGAGGCCGAGGCUGAAGAUGAGGCCGAGGGCGGAGGUACCGAAACGACCGACGGGGUCAAGCAGGAGGGGACAGCAGCACGGCCCAAGACGGAACAGGAGCUACAAGACGAAGAAGACGAGAUGGAAGAGGACUACGAUCCCGGCAGCGACGACGACAGCGGGGGCUCCGGUAGCAGCGACGGGUCUGUUGACGAGGACGAAGACGACGGCGACGGCGACGAGGAGGACGAAGACGAAGACAUGGAAGACGGGGAAGAAGAGGAAGAAGAGGGCUUCGACGUCGUCGGAAAGGCGGAGGAGUAG